UCGAACGGCAACAUUGCGCUGGGGGGAGACACCAAGGGUCUUUAACCAACUGGCUGGCUGGAUGCAGACUUCACACUGUAGCUCCUCAGCCGUAUUCUCAGAUACAGUGUUUAGCGAACCAGCUCUGACUCCCAGUGAUUUUACUGCCUGAAGAUGGAGCGGUUGGUCGGCCUUGCGGUGUUCCUGCCAUUAGUGUGCGCACAGAUCAUUUUCCCAAAUGAAGUUCGGACCUCCCGAUCAUCAACAAACUCAUCAGCUUCACUACCUCCUGGCUUGCAAGGUUCCUCUUCUCCCAGUCUCACAACACCAGCUGUCGUCUCAGUUAACGAAACAGAAGUAAACCAACAAAGUCAGGAAACACAGUUACCUUCAGCGUCUAGAACUCGUUCGACUGAUGUGAACCUAACAGUGAUUUCGAGUCUGGAACCAAUUGCUCCCAGAAUUCCAGGGUCGUUUUCAGCCCAACCAGCAACGAUAACACCAACACUCGAGCCAUCUCCAGUAGCCUUCACUCCUACUGUCAGCUCAUCAUCCGCAGAAGUUCAUGCAGUUGCAGAAGAGGACUCACAUCUUCCGUCGCGCACCUCGACUACUACAGAAACACAGCAGGUAUUCACGAUACCAAGUAGAGUGGGCCAAAGUGUUGCCAGAGUUACUCCAAAACCUACUUUUGUGAGCAGAACUGUUCCACCAUCCUUUGGUGCAUCUGAUUUCCCUCACUCGCGUACAGACACAAACGCAACACAGGUGUCAUUUGCGACUCCAAAUCCAGUCGGUCUUAACACAGAGUCACCCUCAAAAGCAGAGGUCAGGCCCUUCGUUCAGUCAUCUCAGACUGACGAAGGCUUUCCAUCAAGCAUUACGAGUUCGUUUGUGACUCCACCCAUAUCUGUAACAACUACUUCUUUUGUGUCCACGUCAACUUCACCGGUCUCAGAAGACUCAGAAGAUCAGGAUCAGCGAGAUUCCACAGACAACUUUCAGAAUACUACACCAGCAAGUACCCAGGAUCCCUCCACGUCUGCUCAUGACGUAGACGACCACCUGGUCAUCAGCAUAAUGGAGGAUAAUCAUGAACCCUCAAGUAAUGGAGCUGAUACCGAUCUACAGCCCUGCAUAACGCCGCUAGGUGAAACGGGAAACUGCAUUCAACUGACCAGCUGCCAAGGGUACAAUCCGUUAAAAAGCAAGACCGAUAGUAGCAUCGCUGUCAACUUUCUGAGAGGGCGCGUAUGCAGGAUUCUGCCAAGAUCCUUGCUGUUCUGCUGCCCGGUUGGAGACCCCAUUCUCCCAGUCAGUUUCUAGAGAAAGGUGGAACAUCGUAACAUCUAUAACACAGUCUGGGUUGACUGGGCCUUACUAUAUCCACUUCAGCAACUUCGCAUCCCUCAAGGAUCACUAUUUCCCAAGGCCGGCUUAAUCUGUACCAGUCGAUCAACAUCUGAUUUUGAUGACGCUUAUCAUCUGGUGCUCUAGCAUAUUUCACAAGGAUGGAAUGGUACUACAAUCUGGAUAAUCAAUUAGCAGUAAAGCACACAAAGCUGCCACGUAUAUUCUCCGGUGGUCAUAUUUCGUGGUUCUAAAGGACAAUGUUCUAGAAGAAUUUAUUUGAAAAAAUAUAUGUAUUUUAUAUCUUAUUCAACCGGGCUAUUAGUAUGUAUAAUUUAAUCAAAAUAUUUAUCAUUGAAAUUUAAUUUAUGUCUACUCUUAAAUACAGCUUUGACAAAAG